AUGAAUGCACGAGUUGUGUUCAUGACGAGACGGACAAAGUACGAGCUUGCUUUUUUACCUGAGUUUCUCCCAUGUUAUUACAAUUCAUUAGCUCAUAGUAGUAUUAAUAUUAAGUGACAAACAAUAUCUUAAGUUGGCCGAGGUUCUUACGAGUGGCGUUCACGUUGAAGCCCCGUGGUCGAGAGUUUUAGCUUGGAAAUUCCGAAGUGCAAAUAUAGGCUGUGAACGCCGCAUCAGCUGUCGCUGUGCAGUUGAGGCGAUUUUUUUCCUUUUUUCCAUCACUGUGCAUUCGACCGCAAGACAUGGAUGUGUUCCUCAUGAUCCGGCGUCUCAAGACGACCAUCUUCACUGACGCCAAAGAGUCCACAUCUGUGUAUGAGUUGAAACGCAUCGUGGAGGGCAUCCUCAGGAGGCCGCCUGAGGACCAGAGGCUCUAUAAGGAUGACAUGGAGCUGGAUGACACUCAGACACUCGGAAACUGUGGCUUCACCAACCAGACGGCCCGGCCUCAGUCCCCUGGAACCGUGGGCUUAGCUUUCCGAAUCAGCGAUGAUUCAUUUGAGCAGCUGAGGAUGGACCCCUUCUCCACCCCCCCGGAGCUCCCGGACGUCAUGAGGCCGCAGGACACUGGCAGCACAGCCAACGAGCAGGCCGUUCAGUGAAAACAGUUCAGGAUGCAGGAAAUCCACGGGAGGGAGGGGGGGGAUUUGUGUGAACGAACGACGAGAUCUCCACCUGGACAGAAGCAAAACACGGGUUGUUGUUGUUGUUAUGUGAGCGAGCGAGCGGUGAGUUUGUGUGCAUGCUAGAAAACGUCACAGCCCAGACUGGUCGCAACACUGUCACCUGCUCAACACCAAGCUUUGUACAUCCUAUUUAAUUGAUUCUUUACUUUUGAGCUGUGGUUAAGCUGCCUUACUUUACUGUCUGCGUGUUUUUUGUUCGUUACCUAAAUGGCUUCAAUGAUGGCACCGAGCAGGAGAGACCUUUUUAUGCUUCUUUGUAUUGGUUAAACUAUAAGUAGGAUUUUACUUCUUUUGCCCAGAAAGUUUUAAAAUAAACCAUUGGUGAUCAUUUUCUAUA